AUGCAAUAGGAUAGAUUCUUCUUAGAACUAAAUUAAAAGGGAGAAAUUGAAGGCAGUCAUGAUAAGGCCAUCUAUGUACACCAACAUUAGAUAGUUAGAAUCUUUGUUCGCAAUCGCAAAUAAGGUUAUCAUCCAUACAUGAUCAUGCAAAAAGGAUAUAAGCGUGUACAUGAGAUGGAUAAUUUAACUUUGAAAUAGAUUUAACAAAAUCAUGAAGUAAAAGGGUUUACUCUUGAUUCUUCAGGUGAUUGGAAGGUAGAUGUUGAGUUUGCAUUGACUGGUGCAGCUUAUCUAAGAUUAUGUUGGUUUGUUGCUUAAGAAAAGCCUGUAGUAUUGGGAGUGGAGAAUCAUAUUAUUGUUUAGCCUAAUCAUGUGGAGAAACUCUAGGAAAUAACUAUAUAAACAUUACUACCUUAUUGUUUGGGUAAGUUUGAAGAUUAUGAAAAGUAAAUUCGUUCUCAAGUCGAUUUGGGUUAUGAAGCAUUUCAUUUCCCGCCUAUUUAAUAAUUGGGACAAUCACCUAGUUUAUAUGCAAUAGCUGAUUAACAAAAAUUGAAUACUGAUAUUUUUGGCAAUCACACCUAUGAUGAUUUAAAAUAACUUUUUGCUAAAUUUCCUAACACUUACUUUUUUAUAGAUAUCUUGUUGAAUCAUACAGCAUUUGAUUCAAAUUGGUUAGUUUAACCAGAAUUUGAAAAUGCUACAUAUAAUGUUAAGAAUUCACCUCAUUUAGAAGCAGCAAUUAGAUUAGAUUGUGCAAUAGCAGAAUUUAGUAAUAAAUUAGGAUCAGGUUUAUUAACUCAAUAUCCAAGAAAUACAAUUUAUAAUGAUGAUGAUCUUAAUCAAGUUAUGUCCAUUUUAGAACAUGAAUAUAUAAGAAAAUUGAAUAUUCAUGGAUAUUUUUAAUUCAAUAUAAAUGCAGUUGUAAAUGAAAUACAUACUAGAUGUAAUAAAAUAGUACGAAACAAGAGUGAAUAAUUAGAGGAAAAUUAAAAUAUAUUUAUAAAGAGUGCUAGUGAAGUUAUGUUGUAAUUAAUAGGUAAGGAGACAAUCUUAAAAGGAUAUAAGGAAUAUGGAGUAUCUUUAAAUUAUGAUGUGAUAGUUGAAUUUUUAAAGUAUUAUUUUAAAUAAUAAUUAUAGUAAAGAUGAGAAUUACAAGAAGGUUUCUUUAGAAUAUAUUCAAGAAUUGUUACAAUAUUAUAAUAAUUAAUAUUGGAAUGAAGCAGAGUCAUAUAUUAGAGAAGCAGUAAAUUCAACAAGAGGGUAAAUCACAUGGUGGAAAUUAACAUUGAAGAAUCCCUUUGUGGAAGUAAAUGAUAAAGGAGAUUCGUUGGUUCCAAGAUAUUUCACUAAAUUAAGUAAUGGUAAAUAUGUGGCUAAUAAUGGAUGGAUUUAAGGCUUUGAUCCUUUAAAUAAUUUUGCAGAGAAUCAAGAACAUCAUUAUUUGAGAAGGACAAUUGUUAUAUGGGGAGAUUUAGUGAAAUUAAGAUAUGGAUAGAAGAAAUAGGAUAGUCCUGCAUUGUGGAAAUACAUGAAGAAAUAUGUUUAAUUGAUGUCUAAGUUAUUUGCAGGAUUGAGAUUAGAUAAUGCACAUUCAACACCAAUGAUUGUAGGGUAAUUAAUUUAAUAUUAUAAUUUUUAGAGAAUAUAUGAUGAGAUAAGCUAGAAAGGCUAAUCCAAAUAUCUUAGUAUUUGCUGAAUUAUUUACAGGAUCUCCAGAAAAAGAUUCAAUUUUUACAAAAACAAUGGGAAUUAAUUGUUUGGUUAGAGAAACUAAUAGAUGUCAUGAUGCUGGACAUUUGAAUAGAGAAUUACAUUAUUAUAGUGGAGAUGGAAGAAUGUCAAUUGGAUCUUUACCUAAAUUAUAAGAAUAAUUUGAAUCAAUUAAUGAAACAUUUACUAUCUUAUAACCUCAAUAUAGUCCUGCUUUGAUUUAUGAAUAAUCUCAUGAUAAUGAGUCAUUGCUGUCUACUCAUGGUUAUAAACAUCAAUUACCAAUAGCUGCUUUAAUUACAUUUAGUAGUUGUAUGGGUGGAACUGUAAGAGGAUAUGAUUGUUUUUUACCAAAUAGAUUAUCUGUUGUAGAUGAAAGAAGAAUAUAUAAUAUUGUUGCUCCAACUGAGAAUGUUGUUAUAGAAAGAUAAUCAAUAAUAGCAUUUCGUUAUGAUUCAUUACCAAAUUAAUUUGUUGAAGUGUUUGGAUCAUGGGAUAAUUGGUAAAAUGGUUUAGUUUUAAAUGGUCAUCAUAAUAUUUAUACUUUAAAUUUUAAGUUAAAUGAAGGAUAAUAUGAAUAUAAAUAUAAAGUCAACUCUAAUUGGGUUGAUUAAAUAAAUAGGAAAUUAAUUGUAGAACCUAAUCCAACUAAAUUACAUACAACAAUGGAAUUGGUUAGACUUAAAUUACAUUAGAUAAAAAAAGAACUUAAUUAAUAAUUCCCAUUCAUCUUUUGUUAAAAUCAAGGUGAAACUAUUCAAAUGAUCACUAGAGAAACUAAAGAUAAAUGUAGAUCUAAAGUUUUAAUCACUGUUCCUUCAUUUGGUAUUCCAAAUACAUUUAGUUCAAUCAAAUUACCAGGAUAAAUUAUAAAAGUAGAUGCUAUAUUCUUUCAUGAAGAUUUUAUACAACAUCCUCAAUAAAAUAAUUAAAUUUUAGAAGCAUCUUAAGUUAGAAUCAUUUAACAUCAAAAUAUUAGAGAAUUUGCUGAAGUCUAAGAUAAUGAAUUAAAAUUUAUUAAAUUACCUUCUUCAUUUACUGCUAUUAUUGAAUGUUAAAUUGCACCUUAAUAAUAGAAGAAUUUACAAUCACUUGAUAUUAUUUUAAAUGAUGUUUCCUAAUAAUAAAUUUUUAAAACUUUGAAUUCAUCAUAAUUAAAUUACUUACUUUUUAUGUCUGAACCUGAAGAAAGAGAUAAAAAUAAUACAGGAUUAUAUUUUAUUCCUAAUUUUAGAUAACUUAUUUAUGCUGGUUUUGCUGGUCCUCGUUCUGCAACUAGAGAAGCAUAAACUAUUAAUAAUUUAGCACAUCCUAUAUGUGAAAAUUUGAGAAAUGGAAAUUGGUUAUUAGAUUAUUUAAAUGAUAGAGUUUAAAAUUAACUUGGAUAAUUGGAAAUAUCUAAAUUAAUUAAUACAAUCACAUAAUAAAUUAAAGAUAUUCCUCGUUAUCAUAUUCCAUCCUAUUUCUGUAAAUUUGUUGAUUAUAUAUACAAUAAUUGUAUGUUAUCCAUUACAAACCUUUAAACUUCAUAAUUUAAAAGAGAAUUGAAAUUAGCUUCAUAUUAAUUCAUUGCAGAAUUACCAUCCUCAAAAUAAAUGUCAGCUGGAUUACCACAUUUUACAACUGGUUGGGCAAGAUCAUGGGGCAGAGAUACAUUCAUAUCUUUUAAAGGAAUCUAUUUAGAAAAUGGAUUAUUGGCUGAAGCAAAAGAUGCUUUAAUCACUUUUGGCUCUUGUUUAAGACAUGGAUUAAUUCCUAACUUAUUGGAUUCUGGUCAUAAUCCAAGAUAUAAUUGCAGAGAUGCAUGUUGGUGGUAUAUUAAAGCAGUUAAAGAUUAUAUACAAUAUUCUGGAAAGACUGAUAUUCUUAAUGAAGAAGUAUAAAUGAUAUUUCUUGAUGAUGAUAUGGAUAAACAUUAUUAAUUAAAAUCAUAAGGAAUUAUAAUAAAGAAAACUAUUGCAGAAAUUAUUCAAAAGAUUUUUUAGAGUCAUGCUACUGGUAUCAAAUAUAGAGAAUGGAGAGCAGGAAAUUAAAUAGAUAAUUGUAUGUAAUCAGAAGGAUUUAAUAUUUAAUUGUGUUUGGAUGAAUAAACUGGUUUUAUUGUUGGUGGAAAUUGGUUAAAUUGUUUGACAUGGAUGGAUAAAAUGGGUUCAUCAGAUGUUAAUAGAGGUAUUCCUGCUACAAGUAGAGAUGGAGCACCUAUUGAAUUGACAGCUUUACUCAAAGUUUGUUUAGAUUUUGUGAGUCAUGCUCAAAAUCAUUAUCCUUAUGAUGGUGUUAUUUGUCCUAAUGGUAAGAAAUUACUCUUUAAAGAAUGGUCCCAUUUCUUACUUGUUAAUUUUGAAAAGUAUUACUAUAUUCCCAAAUAACAUGAUCCAAAUUAUUAAGAUUAUCAUAUUGUUGAAAAACAUGUUAGACAUAGAUAAAUUUAUAAGGAUCUUGUUAAAUCUUCAAAACCUAGAAAUGAAUAUUAAUUAAGAUGCAAUGCUAGUAUUGCUAUUGGAUUAGCCCCUGAAUUAUUUAAUAAAGAAAAGGCAAUGUUCCAUUUAGCUACUGUUGAAGCAUGUUUAUUAAGAGAAAAUUCUAUUGGUAUCAAAACUCUUGAUCCUGCUGCUUCAGAAUAUGUUCAUUUUUAUGAUAACAAUGAUUAAUCUCACAUCUUUAAUGUAUCUCAUGGAUUUUCAUAUCAUAAUGGACCAGAAUGGGUGUGGGUUUAUGGAUAUUUUAUUAAAGCCUUAAUAGCUAUUCAUGGUAAAGAACAUAUCAAUAGACAAUUAUUUUAUUCCUAUUUAUCAAAUCAUAAAAUAACUUUGCAUUAGAAUGAAUGGUACUCUUAUUAUAAAUUAUAUCUAGGUAUUCCUUGCCUGAGAUGACCAAUGGAAAUGGAGAAUACAAUAUUUUUUCAUGUAGAGCUCAAGCUUGGUCAAUUGCAUGCAUUUUAGAAGCUAUAAGUGAAUAUGAAUGA